CCGAGCUCCGCCGCCAUGCACCCCGACGCCAGCUCCCCGUCGCACCGCAUCGCCCGCGUCGCCGCGCACCUCAACCCCUCACGCCCCCAGAUGGAGGAGGGAGCAGCGUCCGGUCUGCGGCCCGUGCCGUGCCGCGCCAAGGGCGGCGCGCCGGGGUUCAAGGUGGCGGUGGUGGGCGCGGCGGGCGGGAUCGGCCAGUCGCUGUCCCUGCUCAUGAAGAUGAACCCGCUCGUCUCCGUGCUCCACCUCUACGACGUCGUCAACACGCCCGGGGUCACCGCCGACGUCAGCCACAUGGACACCAGCGCCGUGGUGCGUGGCUUCAUUGGGCAGCAACAGCUUGAGGCAGCGCUUACAGGAAUGGAUCUUGUCAUCAUCCCUGCUGGCCUCCCAAGAAAACCAGGAAUGACAAGGGAUGAUUUGUUCAACAAAAAUGCUGGGAUUGUCCGAUCAAUCUGUGAGGGCGUUGCCAAGAGCUGUCCUAAUGCAAUUGUGAAUUUGAUCAGCAACCCUGUGAACUCAACCGUCCCCAUUGCGGCGGAAGUUUUCAAGAGGGCUGGAACUUACUGUCCCAAACGUCUCCUUGGAGUGACAACUCUUGAUGUAGCGAGGGCUAACACCUUUGUGGCUGAAGUGCUUGGAGUUGAUCCUAGAGAAGUCAGUGUUCCGGUUGUUGGCGGGCAUGCGGGGAUCACUAUAUUGCCCCUCCUGUCCCAGGUCAGCCCCCCGUGCUCAUUCACUCCAGAUGAAAUCAGCUAUUUGACUAACCGCAUACAGAAUGGCGGUACCGAAGUUGUUGAGGCAAAGGCUGGAGCAGGCUCUGCAACUUUGUCAAUGGCUUUUGCUGCUGCAAAAUUCGCGGACGCAUGCUUGCGUGGAAUGCGUGGUGAUGCUGGCAUUGUGGAAUGUUCAUAUGUUGCAUCUGAGGUGACAGAGCUGCCGUUCUUCGCAACAAAAGUGAGGUUAGGCCGCGGCGGAGCGGAGGAGAUCCUCCCCCUUGGGCCACUGAAUGACUUCGAGAGAGCUGGCCUGGAGAAGGCGAAGAAGGAGCUGAGCGAGAGCAUCCAGAAGGGUGUGGCGUUCAUGAACAAGUGAGAGAUCAUAUGAAUGGAUGGAUACCCCGACCUAUACAUAGAUGACGCAAAGACUAAAGAAAGAGUGUGAUAUAGUGCUCCUAUAUACGUGUAAAAUCUCUCCUGCCUGUAAGACAAUAGUCAAAAGGUUAAACACCCUUUAGCUGCACGAAGCCUUUUUUCCCCCCAUCAUGGAAUAAACCAUCUACGGAGUACUAGACAAGAACAUCCUGUCAUCAAUGGCUGGACUGUAUGUGGAGCUGUUACAGAAUUACAUAUGCUGUAUCUGCA